UUAAUAGAAGAGCAAUUGAGAUAUCAAAAUGUCGUUACGAAUCUUAAAUUACAAAAUUUAUUAGAAGCGUUUGUGAUAUCCAAUAAGUAUUUUUUUAUGGUGAGGGAGAAAAUAGAACAACUACUACGUCUAAGAUAGAAAAAGAAAAAUAUAGCAUUUUUCAUUGAAGUCAUUGAAAUUCGACCAUCUAGUUAUUGAUACAAUAUGUUACACUAUGAUACACUUGAACUACCGUCUAAAAAUAGCUCGCAUCGAUUAGUCAUACAUUUUAGUUUCAAAUAACUAACACAUAUAUUAAUUCAUAAAAAUCAACAUCCCCACUCCUUUGAUAUACUCUUUUUUCUUUAUUCAAAAUUAGGAUUCCUCUAUUAAAAAAAAAAGAGCUAUGAUCUCCUCUAUUAAGAAAAAGGACUAUGAUUCCUAGAUUUAUCUGGAGCCUACAAACUAAAAAUAAGGAUAAUUCAUUUACACACACAAAAAACAGGAUAGUAACAUGCAAAUACAAAAAUACAAAAUAAUUUAAUUAAGAAAAUACGAAUGCAAAAUAAUAAAUUAAAAACUUAAAAAGGGUUAGCAGAAAGGCUCAUGUGGGAGCGAGCGCAGCCAGCCAGAAAAGAAAUAUACACAAGGACAAGGGUGGGAACUGGCCAACUGGGGAAUAAAUUUACCGCUGGGAGAAGAAGGGGCGAAAGGCGGAAAAGCAAGCGCAAAGGGCUCUCUCCUUGUGUCUCCUGUCUCCAUUUUCGCGGGGCUUUCCGCUACUCUGUUUGCUGAUCACCGAUUCAGAUCCACGACGCCACCGUUUACCGGAGAGAGGGAGACGGGGAAGAAGGGAGUCGAAAAAUUAAGAAACAGAAGACGACAGAGUCAAAAUGGACGGCGGCAAUUCAGCGGCGGAGGAGUCCGCUAGCCAGGUGGAAGAAGAGAUAGGAAGAGUAGUGGAAGAGGCGAGGCAGCUGCAGGAAUCGGCUGCCUCUCACAUCUCCAGGAGCUUCAACGAAGAGCAGACACUUCGCCAGCGCGCUAAUUCCAUCGACUCUUCCAUCCGUCGCUGCCGUUCUCUCCUUCACUCCGUCCUCUCCCGCCGCCUCAUCGACGCCAAACUAGCUGACAAGCUGGAAGACGAGUUGCAGAGAGCCAAGUGUGUCGUUUCCGAUGGGGAUGCUGCUUCUUUCCUCCCUACCAAGUCCCAAGGUGGCUUUCUCAGGAUGUUUCUGGGUCCAAUUAACGUGCGUGCAUCUCGCAAAGAUGUCCAGUUGAAAGUUAAAGAAGAGUAUAACAGUUACAGGGAUAGGACCGCCCUUUUAUUUCUUCUUUUCCCAUCAGCUCUACUAAUUCUAAGGUCUUGGCUGUGGAAUGGGUGCUUGCCAGCGUUCCCUGUUCAACUAUAUCAGGCAUGGUUAUUGUUCCUUUACACCGGAUUGGCAUUGCGAGAAAACAUUCUGAGGGCCAAUGGAAGUGACAUUCGUCCAUGGUGGAUAAAACAUCACUAUUGCGCAAUGAUAAUGGCCCUUGUAAGUCUUACAUGGGAGAUUAAAGGACAGCCCAAUUGCGCCGCCAAACAGAGAGGGGUCCAACUUUUCUUGCAAUGGGCUAUGAUGCAAGGAGUGGCGAUGCUUUUACAGAAUAGAUAUCAGCGCCAGAGACUUUAUACUCGAAUUGCACUGGGGAAGGCCAAGAGAAUGGACGUCGUCUGGGGCGAAACUGCAGGUGUAGAUGGCCAAUUGUGGUUGUUGUGCCCCAUCCUCUUCAUUUUGCAGGGUUUUGAGGCAUAUGUUGGGCUGCAGUUGCUGAGGACUGCAUUUGUGAGGGUCGUCACUGAGUGGCAGGUAAUUUUCUGCGGAUUCCUUCUGGUCCUGAUGGCCGUGGGGAACUUCUUGAACACGGUUCAGACAUUGCUGACAAAGUCGAGGUUCAAAGCCAAAAUGAAGAGGGUUAAGAGUAAGCCAGAGUUGGAUUGAAUGCAAAAGCUAGUAAGAUUGGUAGGAUUUCUACUUUGUGGUGGCGAAAGCAAGCCAUGAGAUGUCAUUUGUGACGUUUUCCCCCCUCUUUAGGUUUCUGCAAACGUGUUGGAAAUAUCUUCUUAUAAGGUUCUUGUUGUGAACAUGCCAUCUGCGCUCGGAUGUGCUUUUCUCAUGUUUGCCUGAAGAGAAGCUUGGAAAAGGAAGGUAAGAGAGUUGGGUGGGGAAAAUGAUAGAAUGAGCGGAUAAGUUGAUCCACCAGAGUCGCUGUUUAUAGGUCGUAUUUUUUUUGUCUGAUGGGGUUUAGCUUCUUCAGGUCCAGUUGGUUCGGUUUUGGUCUUGUUUACAGUUGAGGACUUGAGGUGGCUAGUUUUGACACCUGUCCAUGUUGGUCAGGUGGGUUGGUGCUGGGUUGGCGAUUGAAUAACAAACAAUGUGAACAAUUUUGGGAUUUGGAAAGAGUGUCCCUUAGGGUUAGGGGGCUCUGUCUGUCUUAAGCAACAAGAAACGUAGCUUCCAAUCAAAGCUGCGAGACAGGUUAGACUUCUGAAAGUUGACAUUUGGAGAUUUCCCCUUAUUGUUUAGUCAUUCGACCAAAGAAGCUAUACAAAUAGAUCUUUUUUAAGGAUGACAAUAGGGUACUACACUAUCAGCAGGUUAUCCUGAUCGUACGAAUCUAAUCAUCGGUUUCAAAUGUUGAAUUGAUAUUUUUAACGUGUAAAUUUGAGAUCAGCCAUAAUUUGAGAUGAAAUCGUGUUUCGAUAUAUGUGUGCAUUAAAUCCUUUUUUACUCUACUGUCGUCCUUGUUGCCGCCGCCACCUCCACCUGUUCGUUUCUUAAGGUAUUGUGAAAAUGGCUCUCUCAGUGUCUUUCAUUCCCAUAGUCCCCUCUCGAAGAUGAAGACGGAAGGGGGAAAACUAGUUGAAGGUGGUCGCUUGGAAGAGAAGACAGUGUCGCUGCGAGAUGCGUUGAGCCAUUGACAAUGAAAGCUGAUUCAGUCUGCCAUGCGCCAUUGGUGGGGAAACAAAUAAUUUUAGCUUAC